AUGUCAGAAACACUCAUGAACCAACUCACGCCGGUCUCAGCGGGGGAAAGUCAGAUAGAUGAGGAAGCAAAGGACAUAGAGACAUAUGAAAACGCGGGGCAAGCCGAGCCAUCCAAGGAAGAACUAAAAACGCCCAGCCACUUGACCUACUCGACCUGGAAGACCUGUUCGGGAUGGCUCACAGUCGUUACAGGUCGGCUCAGAGUUAUUCGACAUGAUAUCUACGGCAGACGGCCGACAAAACGACAGCAUAAUCACUCAGCAACAACCGGCGACAACAACACAAGGUUUGCCCUAUCUGUUUGCGCAACACUCUGA